AUGGCCUCUAGGGGCGGUACUCUCCCUCUCGACAACAUCGCCCGCUAUGCGGAAUUGCAUCCAAAGGCACCUCAUCUACAGUUUCAAUACGGAACGGCGGGGUUCAGGACUCUAGGCGUGGUGCUGGACUCGGUGCUGUUCAGGGUCGGUAUUCUUGCAGCCUUGCGCAGCAAGAGGCUCGAUGGUAGGACGAUUGGCGUCAUGAUCACCGCCUCUCAUAAUCCCGAAGAGGAUAACGGAGUCAAACUCGUCGACCCGCGCGGUGAAAUGUUGGAGGCCGCCUGGGAGUCCCAUGCUACAUGGCUUGCCAACGCGUCCAACGAAGAGUUCCUUGACGUCCUUACCGAAUUCGUCAAUGUGGCUCGGAUCGACUUGUCCAAGCCUGCUCGUGUCGUGUAUGCGCGUGAUACGCGUCCCACUGGGCCAGCCUUAGCCAAGGCACUUGAGGAUGGACUCGCCGCGAUAGGCGCCGAGGGUCGAAAUGCCGGUGUGACGACGACUCCCAUCCUCCAUUACCUGGUCCGAGCUAUCAACACCAAGGGCACCAAAGAAGCAUACGGUGAAGAUUCCGAGGACGGCUACUUCCAAAAGAUGAGCGAAGCAUUUAGGAAACUUGUGUCCGGACGGCCCAGAAUUCCACCCCUCGUCGUCGACUGUGCCAAUGGCGUCGGUGCACCCAUCGCGAAGCAGUUGACCGAAUACCUCGGAGAAACAAUGCCCAUGAUUUUGCACAACACUGCAAUCGACACAGCAGGCGCACUCAAUCACAACUGCGGAGCUGACUUUGUGAAGACGAAGCAAACCAUCCCGCCUUCCCUUCAAGGCGUCCUUCGUCCUGGCCAGCGAGCGUGCAGCCUCGAUGGCGAUGCGGAUCGCCUCAUGUACUACUUCAUCGAUGAGCGAGGUUAUUUUGUGAUGCUUGAUGGAGAUAAGAUCGCUGCCUUGGUUGCCGCCUUUAUUGUCGACCUGGUCAAGCUUGCGGGUCUGGCCGAUAAGAUCAAGGUAGGCGUAGUGCAAACUGCGUACGCCAACGGAGCUUCGACCAAAUACUUAUCAGAGCGUCUGCCUGUCAGGUGUGUUCCUACCGGAGUUAAGCAUCUCCAUCACGCAGCCGAACAAUUCGACGUUGGUGUGUACUUCGAAGCUAAUGGUCAUGGAACCGUGAUCUUCUCGCCUAAUACUCUCGAGAAGCUGGAGACCUACGAGCCUUCCACCCCGGCCCAAUCUACCGCCUUGAAGCACUUGAACAACCUAGUGGAGUUGAUCAACCAGACUGUUGGAGAUGCACUGUCGGAUAUGCUGCUCGUUGAGGUCGUCUUGGCCCACAAAUCAUACAACGCCGAGGAGUGGAACUCGCUCUAUUCAGAUUUGCCGAACCGUCUCGUCAAGGUCCGCGUCCCAAACAGGAACUUGUUCAAGACGGAGGAUGCCGAACGUCGCCUGGUCAGCCCUCCAGGUUUGCAGCCCAAGAUUGACGAGUUAUCCCGGCGAUACGAUGGCGGAAGAUCUUUCGUACGGCCCAGUGGAACAGAGGAUGUCGUUCGUGUCUAUGCCGAAGCAGUCUUGCGCUCCCAAGCGGAUGAACUUGCCUUCCGCGUCGCUGGAUUGGUGUACGACGAGGCUGGUGGUGACCCCAACAAGCGUCCCAAAGAAUUCUUGUAGGCCGUGGGCCGUUGAGUCAAGUUCAAUUGCAGUGAUAGGAUACGAUAAUCUGAUAAGUAAACCAAAGGCAGCUUUCAGAAUGAACUUUGUAUAUACUCCCGAAUGAUACCUUGGUCAAUAUUUG